AUGAGCUCGGCACUGACGACGCUGCUAUCCUUCCUGUUCGUGGGCGCUCUCUGGGGCUGCACCAACCCCCUCAUCAAGCGAGGCAGCGAUGCCGACGUCAUGUACACGCGGAAGGACAACAGCCUCGAGGAGAUGAAGAAGCAGCUGCUGGACCUGAUGAAGAACUGGCAGUUUCUGCUGCCUUUUGCGCUGAACCAGAGCGGGUCGGUCGCCUACGUGUUCCUGCUGGGCUCGACAGACGUCUCGAACGCCGUGCCCAUUUGCAACUCGCUGGCGUUCGUCUUCACGGCCAUCACGAGCCGCCUGCUGGGCGAGCAGCCCCAGCGCCCGAUCUCCACGUACACGGGCAUGACGCUGAUCCUCACCGGUGUAGCCAUUUGCUUCGACAGCAAGCAAAACGCAGCGUAA